CACGUACAGAUGUUGCCCCCUCCUCAGCCACGCGCAGAGGGGAUCUGGGCGGAGGGGGGAAGGCUGCUCAGGAGCACCCCUGCUUCUCAUUGUGCGCGCCGCCCCCCUCCGCUGAGGCGCGCUCUUCCCGCGGCUCCCCCUCGCUCCCUCGCACCCUGCACGGCGGCAGCUGCCAAAACGCGCUCCGCCGCCGCCGCAGGGCGGCGCCUCCCAGCGGCGCAGCCCUUUUUGUACCAAGAAGGGUCGCGCGCGGUUGGGCGGGAUGGCGCCGGGGGGUCUCGACAGCGGCGCGCGGGCUGGCCCGGGCGCCUCCGCGGCGAAGGGGGCGCUGCCAGAGGCGUGCCCGCGCGCUCGGCUUGCCCGGAGGCGAGGAAUUGACCACAGCACCACGAGUAACUACUUCGGCAGCAGCAUCGCCAUCAGGAGGAGGUGAGGACUGCCACCGGAAGAUUUGGGCAGUGUUCCGGGACACGGUGAAGUCCGCAGGUGUUCCUCCGGAGCCCGAGCCCACCGACGAGGAGGAGACGGCGCGGCUUCCAGCAGGGGCUGUGCGGCUGGACCUGAAGAGCAACCCGCGGCGCGACACGACCAGCCCGCUCUGGCAGGACCAGGACUUCUUUGAGAAGCACGGCGAGGGGAUCAUGGAUUGUGUGUUGUUCCCAAGGGAAGCGCAGCUGAAGUGGGACGCGCUCAUCACCAUGCACGAGCAGUGUCGAAGACUGGGGGUGCGGAACCGGAAGGCCAUCGCGGCCGCCAGCCCCGAGGUUCCCGACGAGGCAGUCGAGGGCGAAGGGCGAGCACCCUCUGCGAUGCCGUCGGCUGGGUCGCCAGGGAUCUCCGCGGACAUGGAGUGAGAUUGGGCGUUCUUGCCUCGUCCAUUGUUGUUGUUGUCUCUUGCUUCCUCUCGUGCCCUAUCAUGUGUUCAGAAGAUGGAUAAAGGCCGAGUUUUGCCCGCAAUCAUCAUCCGUCCUGUCUACUGCCGACUGUAUCGCCUCCUCCGGCAUCGGAUAAGUGUCACACCGCAAGCAUCCGUUCUGAGCAACAGGUUGCGCUUGCGUGGGAAAGGUUGGAAA